GAAUGACGUAUUGACGCUCCCCUAUUAAUGGUACAGUCCACUCCGAUACCGCGAAACGUUUGUAGCAGUGAUGGCGUCCAAAACAGGUCGACGGGGCACGAAGCGGAAGGCAGAGGCUGCAUUGGAGGAGAAGCCAUGUGUGGAGGAUAAUAAAGAAACAAACAGUGGAGAAGAAGGGAAUGGUCAUGGAGGACAGAGGGUGGUAAUUGAGCACUGUAAGAGCUGACGAGUGUAUGGGCGUAAUGCCGAGGAGGUGAAAACUGCCAUCCUGGCUGCCCACCCUGAACUGACUGUGAUCCUCAACCCCGAGAAACCUCGCAGGAACAGCUUCGAGAUCACUCUGGUGGAUGGAGGCAAAGGUGAGGAGGAUGAAAAAGGUCAAAUCCAAAAAUAGAUCAGCCACAUGGCA